GAGACAGAGAGGACACAUCAGGAGACCUGUAGCAGUUAAUCCAUAAAGGACAAUGGCAGUCUCAGUGUUCCUGCACUCAACAUGCUGCCACCAACAACGUCCCCUUAAGACAGCAGCAUAAUCAGGAUUUUCCACUUGAGUCUGGACCGACUGGUUGAACGACAUGUUGAUGACUGGGAGGCUCUGAAUUCCUCUGGAGGAGUUUUUCUCACCAUCUUUACUUUCACUUCUGUCUUUGACCGAUGACAACCGACGGAACUUCAACUCAACUAAAGGUGGAAUGUAAUUGAUCCUCAGGUUGUUAAAGCAGCAGUUGGUCUUCAGUUGAAUGAGUCUCUGAUGUUUCCAGCACACUGACAUCAUGGCGGCUGCAGCACCAGGUUUGUAAAGCCAGCAGUUGGUCUCCAGUCAGUCCCUGAAGUUUCCAACAGAGAGACAUUAUGGGGAGUUUAAUCUCCACUCCAUCAGAUCCACAUGAGCAACCUGUGAAGCGCAGCAGCAGCUUAGACUGGCUGCCUCCUUCCAUGUCUGAGCUGAGGGUUGUUCUGCUGGGGAACAGCUGGUCUGAGAGGAGUUCAGUGGGGAACUUCAUACUGGGAGAGACUAAGUUCAACACUGAGGAAGAACCAGACUCCUUCCUGAGAGAAAGAGUGCAGUUGAAGGGGAAAGAAGUAGUUCUCAUCAAUACCUCAGAUCUGCUGCAUCCCCAGACCAUCCAAGAGUCAGAAUUAAUCUCUGGUCUUGGACCUCAUGUGUUCCUGCUGGUUCUACAGCCUGAAGACUUCACUGAGGAACACAAACUGAAGCUCUGCAGAUUCCUUCAGCUCUUCAAUGAUCGAUCAUUUCAUCAUUGUCUGGUUCUGAUAUCAACACCCAGAGAGGAGAGUCCAGGUUUCAUGGAAAAAUACCUGGAACAUCCUCCCUUAAAAGACAUGAUCAAAGAGUGUCAGUACAGGUUUUUGUGUCAGAAGAAUCUUGAACUUCCAGAGCUGUUAACACGCUUGGGUCAAAUUGUGAAAGAGAACAAUGGAGAGCAUCUGAGCAACAGCAACAUCAAUGAACUAUUGGAGUCUACCAAUCCACAUGAGCAACCUCUGAAGCGCAGCAGCAGCUUUCCAUUACUGCCUCCUUUCAUGUCUGAGCUGAGGGUUGUUCUGCUGGGGAACAGCUGGUCUGAGAGGAGUUCGGUGGGGAACUUCAUACUGGGAGAGACUAAGUUCAACACUGAGGAAGAACCAGACUGCUUCCUGAGAGAAAGAGUGCAGUUGAAGGGGAAAGAAGUAGUUCUCAUCAAUACCUCAGAUCUGCUGCAUCCCCAGACCAUCCAAGAGUCAGAAUUAAUCUCUGGUCCUGGACCUCAUGUGUUCCUGCUGGUUCUACAGCCUGAAGACUUCACUGAGGAACACAAACUGAAGCUCUGCAGAUUCCUUCAGCUCUUCAAUGAUCGAUCAUUUCAUCAUUGUCUGGUUCUGAUAUCAACACCCAGAGAGGAGAGUCCAGUUUUCAUGGAGAAAUACCUGGAACAUCCUCCCUUAAAAGACAUGAUCAAAGAGUGUCAGUACAGGUUUUUGUGGCAGAAGAAUCUGGAACUUCCAGAGCUGUUAACACGCUUGGGUCAAAUUGUGAAAGAGAACAAUGGAGAGCAUCUGAGCAACAGCAACAUCGCUGAACUAUUGGAGUCUACCAAUCCACCUAUGAUACCCACCAGCAGUGUAAACCCACCACAAACCCCAUCUGGACUCAGGAUUGUGUUGCUGGGAAAAAGCGAGGACAAACAGACAAAACUUGGUAAUUUCAUCUUUGGGAACGAAACUUUUCAUCACCAAAGAACUUCCCCAACCAGGCAAUGUAUGGCUACCUGUGGAGAGUGGAGAGGAAAACCAUUGACAGUGGUGAAAACUCCCAACAUCUUCAGUCUGUCUGUGGAGGCCGUGAGAAGAGAGAUGAAGAACUGUGUGACUCUGUGUCCUCCUGGACCAAAUGUUCUUCUGCUGUUAGUGAAACCUUCUGAUUUCACUGAGAAGAACAGACAAACACUGAAGUUCAUCCUGGGUUUGUUUGGUCAAGAUGCUUUAAAAUACUCAAUGGUCAUCAUGACACAUGACGAGGAUAAAAGUAAUACUGUUAAUGAAAUCCUUAUAGACUGUGGAGGAAGACACUACAACAUGGUUGAAGACAACCACACAUUGUUAAUGCAGAAGAUUGAGAACAUUGUGCAUGAAAACAAAGGAGCCUUCCUCACCUUCACUGAAGAGACCAUAAGACCAAAGUCUGAACCCAUCAAACCAGCUUUAAACCUGGUUCUGUGUGGGAGGAGAGGAGCAGGGAAGACUUCAGCAGCCGAGGCCAUUUUAGGUCAGACAGAGUUUCAUUCAGUCUCCAACUCAUCAGAGUGUGUUAAACAUCAGGGAGAGGUGUGUGGACGUUGGGUUUCCCUGGUGGAGCUGCCUGCCUUGUAUGGAGAACCUCAGGAGGCAGUGAUGGAAGAAUCACUCAGGAGUAUCUCCCUCUGUGAUCCUGAGGGUGUCCAUGCCUUCAUCCUGGUCCUACCUGUGGGUCCCCUCACUGAUGAAGACAAGGGAGAGUUAGAGACCAUCCAGAACACAUUCAGCUCUCGAGUCAUUGACUUCACCAUCAUUCUGUUCACUGUGGACUCAGAUCCUACAGCUCCAGCUGUUGUUAACUUUGUGAAAGAAAACAGAGACAUCCAGGAGCUCCGUCAGAGCUGUGGAGGAAGAUAUGUUGUUCUCAACAUCAAGGACAAGCAGCCGAUCCCAGAACUGUUGGACAUGGUGGAACAAAAUACUAAAAAUAAACCAUACUGCUAUACGACUGAAACAUUUACACAUGCACAAAUGGAUAAAGUCAUACAACUUGAGAGGCUGAUGAAGAAGAACAAGAUCACUGGUGAUGAAAAGGAACGGAGUCCAGAGUGUCUCAGGAUUGUGCUGAUGGGGAAGACUGGCUGUGGAAAGAGCUCUUCAGGAAACACCAUUCUAGGAAGAAAAGCGUUUACAGCCAAAUUAAGCCAAACAUCAGUCACUAAACACUGUCAGAAAGAACAGAGUGAAGUCGAUGGUCGUCAGGUAGUUGUUGUCGACACUCCUGGUCUGUUUGACAAUAGUUUGUCUCAUGAAGAGGUUCAUGGGGAGAUGGUGAAAUGCAUCAGUCUUCUGGCUCCAGGACCACAUGUCUUCCUGUUGGUGUUACACAUUGGCAGAUUUACACCAGAGGAGAAGGAGACAUUAAAACUUAUCAAGGAAGGAUUUGGGCAAAAUUCUGAAAAGUUUACCAUCAUUCUUUUAACUGGAGGAGAUUCACUGGAAGAUGAGGAGCUGUCGGUCGAUGAGUACAUUGAAAAAGAGUGUGAUGAUUCCUUUAAGAAGCUGAUCUCUGACUGUGGAGGAAGAUACCAUGUGUUUAAUAACCGAGAUAAACACAACCGCACACAGGUCAGUGAGCUGAUAACCAAGAUUGACACCAUGGUGAAGGAAAAUGGAGGCAGCUGCUACACUAAUGAGCUGCUGCAAGAGGCCGAAGCAUCAAUAGAGAAAGAAAUGGAGAGAAUCCUGAAGGAGAAGGAAGAAGAGAUGAAGAGAGAGAGGGAGGAGCUUCAAAGAAAACAUGAGGAAGAAAUGGAAGAAAUGAAAAGAAGAAUGGAAGAACAGAAAGCAGAAAUUGAAAAGGAGAGAAAACUGAGAGAAAAACAACUUGAAGAAAAGGAGGAAAACAUCAAAAAAGAACGUGAGGAGAGAAAGAAACAGGAAAUGAGAGAAGAAGAAGACAGGAAGAGAAAACAACAGGAAGAAAUUCAACGACAGGAGUGGAAACAGAAAGUUGAAGAUUUGGAGGAAAAAAUAAAAUCAGAGUCAGAAUCAAAGGAAACCAUUGAUAGAAAGCUGGAAGAGACCAGAGAAGAGAUGAGAAAAGAACGAGAGAACUGGGAGAAACAACAAAAAGAAUGGUGGGAAAAACGAAAUCAAGAAAAUGAACAGAGACGACAGGAUGCACAAAGAAGAAUGAAAAAGCUUCAAGAAGAAUACGAACAGGAAAGAGAAAACGAUAGAAAGAAAAGAAAAGAAGAGGAUCGAAUCAGAAGAGAAAAAGAGGAAAAAGAGAAAAAAGACAUUGAGAAGAACUAUAAGAAAAAACUGGAGAAUCUGAAGAAGACACAUGAAGAAGAAGCCAGAGAGAAAGCUGAAGAGUUCAAUGAAUUCAAAGAGAAAUACAAAAAGGAAUCUGCAGCUCUGAAGGAAGAACAUGAGAAACAAAUGAAAGACAAAGAUCAACAAUAUAACUUCUUAAAGGCUCUUAAAGACCACAGUGAAGAACAGAUGAAGAAAAAAUAUCAAGAGGAAAUUUGUGACUUAGUGAAAUGUGUGACCAAAAAGAGAGAAAAUCUGAAAAAAAUCAAUGACUUACUGACAGAACAAGAAGAAGAAAUGAAGAAUACGAAAAGUGAGGAGGAAAAGAAAAAAUUGCUGCAAAAACAUGAAAAAGAAAUGAAUGACUUGAUACAGGAACUGAUGAAUGAAGAUGAUUCAUGUUGUAUUUUAUGAGCAGAUUUGUUCGAUGUAAACGUCACAACAACAGAUCAGUUUCAGAAGUUUCCUUUUUUUCUACUUUCAUUUAGUUUCAAUCAGUGAAACUUUACAGAAGGAAAGAUUUCAUAGUAAUAUUCAGCAUUGAACAGAAACACAGCAGCAGUCACUGUGGGUCAGAUGAUACCAGUUCUUUGGAGUAAUGUUAUAGUCUUAGUUUUUACAUUUUAAUCAUCAGUUUUUACAUUAUUUGUUUAUUUUUAUAUCGACUUUUACUUUUUUGAUGUUUUACAUUUUAUUGUUUCUGUUGUAUUCAUUGUUCAUCAUAUAAAACUGUAUCUAUUGUUCACUUUUGUUUUUAUGUGUUAACUAAAUGACUAAGGACUAAAUGUUGAUUUCAGUCUGUUCUGUCUCGUGAUAAAUGAGGAUUUAAACAGUUAAAUAACUCACUGACUCUGUACAAUCAUUGGUGUGGUUUUGUUUUAAGUUUGUUUUCUAUAAAGUUUUAUAAAAUCUGCAUUAUAUUGUAGAAAUAAUGAUAAUGUAUAAGUUGAUUAUUGUAAUCAAGUUUCAGUGUGUAGAAAAUCUUUAUGAUAUGAUGUAUUUGUUCCUAAUUAUUAAUGUAAUUAAUUAAAACCAGGCAACAGCUCAGUAAAGACUUCAGCAGCUGGAAGCUCUGUUUGGUCAUUAGAGAUGAUCUUUGUUUUCUUUUGAAUAUGAGAAAGAAAAUGAUGUUUGUGAGUGAAAUGAAAUGUUUAGAUGUCAUUCACUCUGUUUUCUCUGCAACACCCAAAUCACAAAUAUCACAGCAAAUAUUAAAUAUGAAUCCAAGCUGAAUAUCAUUUAAACUGCUCAUCAGAUGAAUCAGAAUGAUAAAGAAUGACUUCAUAGACAAUGAAUGCUUUGAUGUUUCUCUGUUUUGUUACAUGUCCAAUAAGAAUAGAUGCUUUAUAACUGAUGACAUCAACUUAAGACAGAAUUCAGAUGAAUCUUUAAUUGUAUGUUCUGUGUUUGAUCUUUGGUUUCUGUGUUUAUCAUUAUAAAAGAUGAAUAAAGUGUUUCCCUGUAGUUCA